UUGGUUUUAUUGUACAUAGGGAUGCACCGAAUGUUCGGCCACCGAAUAUAUUCGGCCGAAAAUAGCAAAAAAGGCAUGUUCGGUGUUCGGCCGAAUUUGUGAAAUGGCCGAAUAAUUUUUACCGAACAUUGACGCAGCGAACGUAACGUUAGAGUUGCGUGAGCGUAUAGUGAGGCACGCAAGCAGUAAACAGUAAAGCAGUAAACAUGUCGGCAGUGUGGAAACACUUUAAAGUGUCUGAAAAAGACGCAAAAUUUGCUGUGUGUAGUCACUGUCCUGCAGAAUUGUCUAGAGGGGGUACAUCUGCAAAAACCUACAGCACUUCAAGUUUGAUUCAACAUUUAAAAUCAAGACACCCCGAUCAGCAUGCAGAGUAUGAGAAAGACGCGGCAGCGGCAUCAGCAGCGAAAAGGAAAGUUCUUUCCCCCACACCCACUCCAUCUGUAGUUGAUUUUUUAGAAAAGACCAAGAGGUUUGCCAGCGAUAGUGCCAAAGCUAAAGGAAUUACUAAAAAGAUAAUGGAAUUUAUCGCAUUGGAUGAUCAGCCAUUCUCCAUAGUAGAGGAUGUUGGAUUUGGCAGGCUCAUUGAUUUUAUUGAGCCCCGUUACACCAUGCCUAGCAGACGGUAUUUCUCAGACGUGUGCUUACCUGAGAUGUAUAACGUCGUUUCAACUCAGGUACACGAGCUCUUGGCUACAGAUAUUACAGCACUCAGUUUCACAACUGAUAUAUGGAGCUCGGAUGUAAGCCCCACCAGCAUGCUGAGUUUAACCGCACAGUGGAUUGACAAAGAUUUUAAGCUACGAAAGGUUGUGCUUCACUCACAAGAGUUCAGGGGGUCCCAUACAGCUGCAGUUAUCUCUAAUGCAUUCAGCAAGAUGUUUGACACUUGGCAUAUAGACCGAUCUAAAGUGCAUGCGGUAGUCAGUGACAACGCAAGAAAUGUGACCAAAGCCAUGGAGGAAAGCGGUCUGAAAGGGAUACGCUGCACGGCACACACAAUUCAACUAGCAGUUCACGAUGGAUUGUUGAGUCAGCGCAGUAUAGCGGAUGUGAUAGCGAUUGGCAGAAAAAUGAUUGGUCACUUUAAGCAUUCUCCGCUUGCUUACACGCACCUACAAUCUGUCCAAGAGCAGUUCGGAAUGCCACCAAAACGUCUCCAACAAGAUGUAAGCACUAGGUGGAACAGUACAUAUUAUAUGCUGGAGAGCCUUUUUGCGCAAAAGCGAGUCCUGGCUGCAUACCUAGCAGAUCAUGAACUGCCUGCGACUUUCACAGCAUACCAUUGGGUGUUAAUAGAGAACGUGCUCUCUCUUCUGGCCCCAUUUGAGCAGAUAACAAAGGAGAUAAGCUCAUCUGAUUCAUCUGUGGCAGAUGUUAUCCCCUUACUGGCAGCACUGAAGCGUCUUCUAAACAAAGAGGCUGAAACGGACCACGGAGUGAAAACAACUAAAAGUGCACUGUUAGAGGCUGUCUCCACACGAUUUAGUCAGGUGGAGUCCGAACCCCUGUACUGCAUUGCAACUGUGCUUGAUCCUCGUUAUAAAGAUAACUAUUUUGAUGUGGGAAAAAAGCAGCGCACACGAGAAAUGAUACAAGCAGAGCUGGAGCCGCUCGGUGACGUAGACGGUCAGGGGACGCACAGCGCAGGAGAAGCGGGAAACAACACGGACAGAAAACGGGCCCGUACUACAGAUGAGCCGCACACAUCAUCGCUGUCCGACAUGUUUGAAGAGAUCCUCCAAGAAAAUAUCCCGAAUGUACUACAGAGGACCAGCUCAACCGCGCAGCAGUUAGAUUGUUAUCUCUCAGAUGUCCCCAUCCCCAGGAGCAAUAACCCUCUAGAAUAUUGGAGGAACAAUCAAAGCCGCUUUCCCGACCUGGCACAGAUGGCACGCAGGUACUUGUCUGCUCCAUCUACAAGUACUGACAGUGAGAGACUGUUUAGCGCUGCAUCUCAUAUAAUUGAUGAAAAGAGGAACCGACUUUCGUGUGAAAAAGCAGAGAAACUCCUUUUCAUCAAAAAGAACCUGCCACUUUUCCUUAAAAAAUAGGCUAAGCAGGCUUAUAUAGCCUAUUCAUGAAUUAUCUUUUAUUUGUUGUGGGUUCAUCCACUUUGUUGUACUUUUUUCAAUGCAGUACUUAAUGCAAGUUUUUUACAGUAAAUAAAUAUACAGUUACAGUCUUUAAGCAGACAGUUAUAGGCCCAUGGCUUUUCAAAAAGGGCCAUUAAAAGAUGACCAAAUAUUUUAUUUUCCUAAUUUAUUUGUAAGUUAUAUUGUGCUUAAGUUUUCUGAUUGUCUGCUGAUAUGUAUAAUGUUCAGUGUUAAAUAAAUAUUUUAAAUUUAAUAGUUUUGUUAUUAUUAUAUAUAUUUUAUUGAAAAGCAAUACAAAAUAGUAAAAAGCAUAUUCUGAUUAUUUAUAUAAAUGUAAUGUGAUAAAAUGGGCUAAAUAAAUAGCAAAAUUGCAACACAAAAAUACAUGUUCGGUGUUCGGUAUUAUUCGGCCUUCGGCCAAGUGUUUCACAUCAAGUUCGGCUUCGGCUUCGGCCAAGAAUUUUCAUUUCGGUGCAUCCCUAAUUGUACACCACUUUCUUCUGAGAUCACUUGUUUCAGCCCAGAUUAAAAGCAAAACUACAUGUGUCUUUGGUGGACAAGGCAAUCCCAGAAUGCAUUGCUCAAUGAUGUCAUAUGUGAAUGUGAUGUUUGGUUAGGAUGUUGCCUGUCUAGGGCUGUAGAACAGAACUAGUGAUGUCUGUGUUUUCUGU